AUGAGUUAGCCCGUCGUCGAGUAAUCAUAUUCGAGCUACCAUUGUGUUCCUGCACCUGCUCAUCUAUCUAUAAAUGCAUGUGUUUGCGCCUAAUGCACUAUCCAACUCAUCUGCCCCGAUUAGGAGUGUAGUGUGAUCAUCCAUGGGGAAGAAAGGUAUCGUGGUGGCGACCACCGUCAUCGCCGUGAUGACUGUCAUCUUCGGGGUCAUCAGCGCGGUUUUCUUGGGGCUGAGAAGCUAUCAGGAUGACCACGAUGACCGCAGCGUGUGUAAGUACGAGCGAUCGCCGGCGACGGCUUGCGGCGUCGUGGCGGCCGUGCUGGCGCUAACGACACAGAUUCUCGCUAGCGUGGCCAUCGGCUGCUGUGGGGCAUGGCAGAAUCCCAAGAGGGCCAAUCGCAUCGCCGCCGUCGUUUUUUAUGUCAUCUCAUGGAUCCUAGCGAUCAUAGCGGUGCUAGCUUUCCUGGGAGGCGCCCUAUUAGGGAUUGAAGGAUCUAUGGAGAAAACUAUUGGGAAUAGUAGUUGUGCCGGAGGUGUCGGAGGUGUCGCAGUCUUCGUGGACGCGACAUUUCUGUUUCUUGUAGUUGUCGCCCUUGUGGUCUCCUCGUAUCUUCUUACUCAGAAAAAUGACCACCACGAAGCAACCGCGGGCAAUAAUCCUCGUUUGGUACCAACCACUACAUCUCCUUCGGCGCCAACAGCUACAUCUAAAGACAGCGCCUACGCUUCUGCUCCUGUGCCAGCAAAUGAAGUCUGAAGUUAGCUCUGCCACUAUGCAACGGUUGUCUUUGCCUUCCAAAAGGAGGAACAUGCUUUCUGGACGUCGUAAGUGGAAGGCACUCGUUGCGGCCUUCCAUUCCAAAAUACUUGGUGGUUUUAGUUCAAAUUCAAACUAAAACCAUAACAAGUAUUUUGAAACGGAUGGUGUACAUGCUUAUCGUUUCUUACAUACAUCAUUAAAUUGUUUUCGUAAUAUGGGUUUG